CCCAUCUUUCUCCACGCCAUCAAUCACGGAUCUGAAUAGGCGUUUGCUGCUGGACCGACCGCUGGUGUAAGCGACAGUGAGGGUGCGGGAGCAGGUGGGGGAGACCAGGAUGCCGGGGCGCAGGAGGGGAGGCCACGGCGGCGAGGUGGAGCUCUCGGGUUCCAACGGCGACGACAACGGCGCGGCCGGCCCGGCGCCGCAGCAGAUAAGCUUGGUGAGGCUCAUCUUCUCGUGCAUGGUCGCCGGCGGGGUGCAAUACGGCUGGGCGCUGCAACUGUCCCUCCUCACGCCUUACGUGCAGACGUUGGGACUCUCGCAUGCUCUCUCCUCUAUCAUGUGGCUCUGUGGCCCUGUUGCAGGCUUUGUGGUUCAGCCUUGCGUUGGCCUGUGGAGCGAUAAAUGUCGUUCGAGGUUUGGGAGGAGGAGGCCUUUCCUCCUCGCUGGAUGCACAAUGAUCUGUGUUGCUGUGAUCGUGGUCGGGUUUUCUUCUGACAUUGGACAUGCUCUUGGUGACACGAAAGAGCAUUGCAGUGUGUAUCAUGGUCCUCGGUGGCAUGCAGCGAUAGUCUAUGUUCUUGGAUUCUGGUUACUGGAUCUUUCCAAUAAUGCAGUUCAAGGUCCAGCUCGGGCGCUCAUGGCUGAUCUCUCGGGAACUCAUGGAUGCAACGCAGCAAAUGCUAUAUUCUGUUCAUGGAUGGCUGUCGGAAACAUCUUAGGAUAUUCUUCUGGUUCUAGCGGAACCUGGCACAAGUGGUUCCCUUUCUUGUUGACAAGGUCUUGCUGUGAAGCUUGUGCAAACCUGAAGGGUGCAUUUCUGAUUGCUGUGGUCUUUCUUCUCAUCUGUUUGGUGGUGACUCUAAUUGUUGCUAAGGAGGUUCCUCUGGGUGAUCCUGCUCAAUCCGGCGCAAAGCUCAACUCGAAAGAUGGUCAAGCGCAGAGCCAGAAUGAGGAUAGAGUCAGCUUUAUCGAUAUCUUUAAGGCCUUCAAGAACUUGCCUCCGGGAAUGCCUUCGGUCCUCCUUGUCACUUCCCUCACCUGGCUUUCAUGGUUUCCUUUCAUCCUUUACGACACCGAUUGGAUGGGCCGCGAAGUCUACCAUGGAAACCCAAGUGGAACUCCUGCGCAGAUCGAUGCUUAUGAUCGCGGUGUUCGACAAGGCGCAUUGGGUUUGCUGCUGAAUUCGGUUGUGCUGAUGAUCACUUCCUUACUGAUCGAACCAAUGUGCCGAAAGUUGACUCCAAGAAUUGUUUGGGUGAUCAGCAACAUGACCAUGUUUGCCGGCAUGGCUGGCACUACAAUCAUAAGUACUUGGUCCAUUAGAAACUUCCAUGGCUCAGUCCAGAACGUGAUCACAGCAGAUGGUGAAGUGAGAGCUGCAGCUCUGGCCACAUUUGCAGCUCUUGGUUUUCCUCUUGCUGUUCUGUACAGUGUUCCUUUUGCUGUUACAGCACAGUUGGUUGUGAAUGAGGGUGGCGGCCAAGGGCUUUGCACUGGAGUUUUGAACAUUUCGGUUGUCAUCCCGCAGGUGAUCAUAGCUCUCGGUGCAGGCCCAUGGGAUUCUCUCUUCGGGAAGGGGAACAUUCCUGCCUUCGCUCUGGCAUCUGCAAUCGCCUUCGUUGCCGGCGUGGUCGGAAUGUUAAAGCUUCCAAGGCUCUCUAGGAAGAACUUCAAGAGUGUUGGUAUGGCUGGUGGACACUGAUCCAACUUCCAGCUUGGUGAAAUAACCAUCGGCGACCCUCGCGCUCCAUGAUGACGGCUCCACGAAAACGUGUCGGUUCUUGCCGUGUUCUUUUGGUAUUGUCAUUUUUAGGCUUUUUUUGUUGCUUAGGGAACCAGAAUUGCAGUUAGGAUCUUGUGCUACGAUUGAAUUAUUUUGGUUCUA